AUACUCAUAUGCUUUUGUGACUUUUUACAGAACCAGCGCAUUUUGAGUUCUCGUCUCGCAACAUGUCGGUGCGACGUACGUCCAGUGCGGCGCUAACAUGUUCCGCAAGAGGAGAUGCUCCUAUACAACUGCACUGGACACACAAUAUGCAGAGAUUAGAUCUUUCUACAUAUAGAGUGUCAGUAUCGGAGAAGCGAUCCGAGAACGGGGCAAGUUCAACGCUGAGCAUAACCCACGCUCAACGCCGUGACUCUGGCGUGUACCGAUGUCGCGCUGAGAACGCGUAUGGUAGAGAUGAACUGCUCAUAUACUUGGCUGUACAGGAGUUUCCGGAAUCUCCUCGCGGUCUUACUAUAUUGAAACGUGAAGGUCGUGCGACUCGUCUUUCAUGGCAUCGCGGGUACGACGGUAACGCAAGACUCCGUGCAUACCGCCUUCAGUAUCGCGUGGUGGGUGACGCACGACGCGCUGCUGACUGGACAGAUGCCCCUACUAGAGAACUGUCUCCCGAUUUACUUAUACAAAGACAAGAGAGCUCGGACCCAAACUCGGAAGUAAUUCUAGAGUAUCGAGUGGAUGGUCUUCGUCCUGCAACAGCUUAUGCGCUAAGGCUGGCUGCAGUAAAUGAUAUAGGAGAUAGCGAGUAUUCCGAAUCAGUCAUAGUCCAAACAUUAGAGGAAGCCCCAUCAGAAGCCCCUAGACACGUCGAAGUGCAAGCAGAUGCUCCUGGGGAACUGCUUAUCAAGUGGCAGCCUCCACCCCAAGAAACAUGGAACGGCGAGUUGCUUGGCUACGCGGUAUGGUGGCGGACGGAUAACGCAUCACUAGCACUAACAGUCCCUGGAUGGGCUGCAAACAACGCACGAAUUGCUGCAUUGAGAGCACACUCGCGAUAUGAACUACGGGUGCGUGCGUUUAACGCUGUAGGCGCGGGACCAGCGUGUGCACCACUUGCUACCACAACACUUGAAGAUGUUCCAGAGGCGCCACCUCAGCAUAUCCGCUGUGAACCGUUGUCGGCACAAUCGUUUCGUAUUUGGUGGGAACCGCCACCGCCACAGACCAGAGGGGGCUUGCUUCUUGGAUACGAAAUUAUGUACCAGGAGGUAGGAUCUUUGGAUAGUGUAUGGGAGCGUCGUCGCGCUGGGGGUAGCGAGGCUCAAGCCGGGGGUCUCCGAGCAGGAAACUAUUCUGUGCGAGUGAGCGCGCGCACUGCCGCUGGCACCGGACCUCCCGCACUGGCGUACUGUCAUACACUCGAUGACGUGCCCGGACCUCCAGCAGAUAUAAAAGCUGUACCAAAUUCAGAAGAUUCAGUCAUUAUAAGCUGGCUUGCUCCAGCGCAGAAGAACGGCAAAAUUAGACACUAUACAGUAUAUAAUCGACCACAGAGAACAGGCCAGCACUCCCACGUAAUGGUGCCGCAAACGGAUGAGGAACAAAUGUUGGAAAUACGAGGGCUGCAUGAACACCAGCUAUAUGACUUUUGGGUGACCGCCGCUACAUCUGCCGGAGAGGGAGAAAUGAGCGCUAUAGUUGCUAAGAAACCCAGCACUAGAGCUGGUGCUAAAAUAUGGUCAUUUCCAAGAAGAAUAGUACAAAAAGAAGGCUCUAAAGUGGUCAUUCCUUGCGGCACUGCCGGCAGUCCCACCCCCGUGCGAGUAUGGAGCCGGCGUCGACCACCGACUAUUUUAGCCGACCCUCGAAUACGAAUCGAAGCACAUCGACUUGUUAUACCUAAAAUGGAGCCUUCAAUGAGUGACAACUAUACGUGCGUGGUGCGUAACCCGUGGGGCGAGGAACGUGGACUGUGGGAAGUGCGCGUAUUAUCGCCACCCUCUGCACCCCGUCUGAGACUCACUGGUACUGCACCUGCCGCAAUUAUAGUCGCCUGGGACUCGGGGGAUGCAGAUAGCUUCGGUCUAGAAUACGCAUUAGGCGAUGGUCCGUGGCAGUCAGUGUUUGUGUGGGGUAGCGUUCGGUCAUACGCCCUCCGGCGGCUGGUGUGUGGUGGAAAGUACAGACUGAGACUCACAGCAAGAAACGCUGCUGGUGUUUCGCACCCUAGUGAAGUGCUUGCCGCCGUUGCAAGCGGAGGAGUAUCAAAACCAGCGUUAGAAAAACAUCUAAUCACGACCAACAGUAGCUGCGUUCGACUGAAUUUCCUGACCUGGGAUAGUAAUAGUUGUCCGCUCAUACACUUUAUGGUCUCCAUUCGAUCUUUUGAGGAAUCUUUAUGGAGAUCGGAGACCAUAGGACUGGAUCCUCAACCAAUAUCGCUAUGUAGUCUACAAUCAGCAAAGUGGUACCAUCUAAAGGUUAUCGCUCUCAGCACUGCGGGCUCUACAACUGCAACAUAUUAUUUUUCAACACUAACCGAGGGUGGAGAGCGUAUCCCAGCACCAGCUCAAUUCCCACCUGGUGGUGAGGAGGACGUGUCAUCGGGCAGUGGUGUAGUGCUGCUAGCUAUCGCAGCUGCUCUGUUUAUUGCCUUAUUAUUGCUUGGUGUGUUCGCCUAUAAAAGAAGUGCAACAAAACCCUGCUUUAGCAAAGGCUAUGAGCAAAGUGGUGUAUCAGAAGAAGACAAAUCGGUAGAAAAGCGCGACAAUAGAAAGAAUUGUCAGCAAGUAUAUACAUCUUCCCCAAUUAAAAGUGCCAAUAAAAAAGAGCAACAAGAAAUGUACGAGAUCAGUCCAUAUGCGACAUUCAGUAUGUCGGGUGGCAGCACGGGUGAAGCUGCUGCCGGUACUCUACGGACGUUCGGUCGCGCUGAACCUGCACCACUUAGUGCCGCACCACCCCGCAACCACACGCAUCGCUCACCAGCUCAUUCUGAUGAGUACACAUUAUCUCGUGCAAUGACAUUGAUGGUGCGACGGACAGAAUCGGACUCCGAUUCGAGUGGGUCGCCGUGUGCCGAGUGCACCUCUAGCGUUUCGUAUAGAAUGCCACUUGCACCCAAUAAAGCAACGGAAGAAGUGUUCCGACCUGUCACUGACUCUAGCGCGGAAUCUUGUGCCGGUUCUGGGCCGAGGGACAAGGGUCGGCGGCGACCGAGGCGACAUGCGCCUGCUAAUAGAUACCAACAGCGGCAGGAACAGGAGAGACGAGAUUUUACUAUACAUGUUUAAAUGACAAUAAAGACUGCUGCAAGCAACAUAAGAUAUUUAAUUGUUAACUAAGGAUUAAGAUGUAGGAAUUGUUAAGUGAAUUUGUGAAUAUUUAAGAGGUUUUGGUAUUUGACUCGAAUUACUCGCGGCCUAUAAGGAUAUUCUAGGCACGAAACAAAAUUGUGAACAAAAUUUAAAUUAUAAAUAUUUUUUUGAUAUGUAGUCUACUUUGUUAUUAAAAAAUAUAUAGAAUAGAUACAAUAGUUAGAAUAUUAAUGAAGACGGCGUAAAUUAGCACAAAAAUAAGAAUUAUAUCAAUGUGGAGUGAUAUGAAUUGUCUUGUAAUGGUUUUAAUUAAAUAUGUAUAUAAAUGUAACUCGAUUUUAAAAUUUAGACGUCAAACUACCAUUUAACGCCUUAUUACUUAUAAUUAAUAAAUUCUUCUCUAACGUCGAUGAUUUCUCAAAACUCAUGAGACAGUUUAUUUAACGAAAGAAAUUAAAUUGAAAAAUAAUCAAUCAAUAUUUACAAAAUAUUAUACUCAAUGAUGUCUAUAUUUUCAUAAGUGCACAUUUAAAGAAAACUAUGGUUUUCAGAUUAACUGAGCAAUUUAAUGUAUUGCACGAUACCCGAAUUUUAAUCACUUUACAGCAACAGUCUCCACAAGAUGAGAGUGUCUCUCAGUAAGUCUUGUUAUGUGUCAUCUACCGCCAACGAUUUCUUAAUUUUCUUGAGUACAGCUCUGAAGACACGUUGAAUGCGCUAAUUGGUUGUGUGAUCACAGACAUGUGAUUUUAUGCAUUUGAAGAAAUAAUCCCAGAUAAUUUCCAGCCUUCUUCUCAAUUGUAAUAAGGGUGUUUUUGUUUAUUUCAAUAACCGUGAGCUUUAAUCUCUGUAUAUGGCGAGGAUUCGUUUUUUUUUAACCGGAUGUAGUAACUGCGUUCUUACACACUGUUGUUUACGAUGCACACGUUUUUAAAUAUUUGAAAUUAUUUUAAUUUAUCAUU